GAUAUGCUAGGGGACCAACUGCAAAAGUUGAGUUUGGAAAACUGCACUUUAUUGUUGGAAAACAAGCUGUUGAAGGAUAAAUACUCCAGGGCUGUUGCUCAAAUUACAGAACUGAAAACCAGGCUGAGAGACACCCAGAAUGAACUUAGUGACCUGCAAAAAAAACUAGAAAAUGAAACUGUCCAUAUAAAACACACUGUGCAGGUAGAGAUGUUGAGAGAACUUGAAAGCUACAAAGCAAAGGCUGCCACUUCUACAAAGCGAGUAGAGAUGUUAAAAUCAGAGAUUUCUUUGUUGGAAGAACAGCUUCAUAUGGUGAAACAGGAGUCUGAAUCCAUGAGGUUAGGUCUGGACAAGAGUAAACUACACGAGUCACAUAAACAAGAGAUUCAGACUUUGCAGGAUGAAAUAGCACGUCUCAAGCAUCUGCUGGUGGAAAGUGAGAAUGCAGUGCAGGCUGAAGCUGUUCAAUCCAAAGAUUGUAUUGGACAACUGCACAAGCUGACAGAGGUUCAAGAACUACGUCAUUUGCGUGUUGAGGAGGCCAACUGUAGAAGCAGUGCCUUAGAGAAACAAAUGGAAGCACUUCAGAUACGCCUCCAUGUGACAGAGGAACGUUUAGCCCAAGAGCGGGCAGAUAGAGCUAACAAUCUGUCUCAUAUUGAGGAGAAGUUGCUGACAGAAAAUGCUAAGCUGCAAACUAAAGUAAAGGAAUUAGACAGACAGUUGAAAAGGGAAAAAGAGAAAACCAGAACAUUACAGCAAAGGGCAAGUGAAUUACGGGAGGAAAAUCUCCACCUCCGAUUAACAUUGCCUGAUGAGGAUGCUAAGGAUUAUAGCAUUCCUUAUGAUCGACGUAGCAGCAGCAGAAAGGUAAGGCAAGCUAUUGACAUCAAACAAAUCUGGAAGCAGCUAGAUUCUGAGAGUUGUUUCCCUUGGAAUCAUGGAGACUUGGAGUCCCUUGUUCUGUAUUUAUGGGACAAAUGUCAGAAUCUGCAGCAGCAAUUAAAACCUUGGCAGCUGUAUCUAGAGCAGCUUGAGGUGCCAGUGGAAGAGGAUUAUUUUGUCAGUUUACAGAAUGCGUUGGCUGUGAAAACAGAGUAUGAAGCAAAAGUACAGCAAACUGAAGAGAAACUGGAAGAUGUCAGUGCAGAGAAAAUAGCAGCAGAGCAGGCAUACAAGCAGCAGCUGACGGAGCUAGUUAAAGAGAAGCAUGAAGCUCUUGCUCGUUUGAAAACUCUGGAAGAUUUGAUGGAUGCACUAAAGACUGAGAAUGACGCACUUCGAAAGGGGUUGUCCCAGACUCCAGGUCAUCUUUCGACCGCAUCAAAAGAAGAGGAUAUGAUAGAACAUGGCCGAGUAGAAAUAUUACUGCUGGAAAUUGCUGGCUUGCAGUCAAACAUUGGUCAGUUGACUAGAAGAAACAAGGUACUGGAGACUGAGAUAAGUACCUUGCAGUGCCAACUGUCUUCUCGUGACAAAGAACUGGCUGAAACAUUUUCUGAGCUCAAGACUGCUCAGGUGGCCCCAAAGAGUAAAACCGCUGAGGAACUUUUCACACAGCAGAAGAUUGAGGCUCUGACUUCUGAGGUAGCAAGCCUGAAGGAAGAAAUACAUAUGCAGUCUGAAAAACACUUAUCCAUGCAGGUGGAAAAAGAGAAACUAGAGGCAGAGUUAAGUGAGAUCAAAGACGAACUGCGACUGGUCAAGGAGAGAAACCGAGACCAAGACCUCAGUGGAAUUACAGAUAAAAUGAAACUUGAGCUGGAGAAGAAAGAUGAAGUCAUUUUAAAAUUAACAACUAAACUGAAUGAAAGAGAAAUCUCUUUAUCCAAGGUUCAAUCAGAUCUGAUGCUUCAGCAGAAAAUUCACAAGAAUAUGGAGAAUCAGCUGGAAUCAAUCCAAUGUCAGUUAGACCAGAGAUGUCAAUUGCUCGACUCACUAAGUGGCAAAGAAAAAGACCAGCUAGAGCAUUUAGAAAUGAUAAAAGUAAUGAUAUACACACUAAAUCAGAGACUUUCCCAGAAACAAGGAGAGCUUGAAAGUUUACAACUACAACUGCAGCAGGCUAAUUCAAAGAUAGCCAAACUAGAGGAGCAGAGUGCCAGUCAGUUUGGGGUGGCUGGAGGUGUUGCUUGUCCAGGGGAAGUAACUGCCAGAUCAAGUCUGUUGGCUGCAGAACUUAGACUUAAUGAGGUCAAACUGGAGAAGGAGAAGGUGGAACAGGCGGUAAGCACACUUGCCAGUGUUCGGGAGGAUUAUGAAACACUGAACUCAGAAGUCAGCAAGGUUAAGAAAGAAGCAUCUGAUGCGGUUGGAAGCAACAUAAAGAUGGCUAAUGAAUAUCCUGCAUUAGAAAGGAGAGUUCAGGUUUUGGAGGAGGAGAAAGUUGUUUUGGAAGAAGAAAGAAAUACUCUCAAAGGAAACAUAAGCAUUCUAGAAAUCUCUUUGCGGGAAGUCAUAAGUAAAUUUGAAAAUGAGUCAAAUUGUCAGUUACAUCUGCUAUCUUCAGAAGACAAUGGUGACUCUUUGAGUGAGCUACAGAAUACCAAGGAACAUCAAACCCUUCACCUCCUUAUGUUUGCAAAGUUGAAGGAAAAUGAUAUCAUUAUGGAGAAAGUCAAAUAUCAGGAGCAGGAGUUGAUGAAUUUGGAGAAAGUGUGUCACCUUCUACACAGAGACUGUGAGCAAACUAGAGCAGAUGUCAGCAGGAUCACCAAUGAGUUAAUUGUCAAGAUGAGAGAGAAUGCAGCCAUCGUAGAUCUUAACAAUGUGUUGCUGCGUGAACAAGCAUCUUUGCAGAAACAGUUAGUUCUUGCAGAAAAGCACCUAGAACAAGAGAAGGACAGAAUUGAGCAAAGAAAAGCCGAUAUCAAUGAAAUUAUUAAUAAGAUUGAACAUUCAGAGCAAGCUAAUCUAGCCACUGCUGUGACCUUGCAACAGAAGGACAGUGUGAUCAGUGACCAGGAGGCUGUGGCAGAACGUGACCGACUGAGAGCUAAAGUUGAUGAGCUUAAGGAGAGCCUGAGGAGUCUGAGCAAUGUCAACUCAGAACUAGAAAAGACAAUACUGGCUAGGGAUGCUGCAAUUCGAGAUGAACAAUCUGUUGUCAGCAAGCAGAAGGAGGAGAUUUUAACAUUGUCUCACAGAAUACAGGUUCUUGAGCAUGAACAUGAGUUAAUGCUGAGGAAUGUGAUCUCUGAAAAAAAAGUUCAGGAAAAAUUCCAG